CGUCUGUAAAUCCACCUUGUUCGAGUUGAGAACCAAGUACUAGCACUGUGGCCACAUGACCGCGAUGCUCUUGUCGAAGUGUCUCCACAAUACAACAAACAAUAAACGCGCGGUCAACAUACAGGUCCGUGCGCUGUGUGGCAGGCACACUGGUCGGACUUUGAAGGUGUAGGGCCAUUCAACAAAACUGUCGCGUCGAGACGAACCACCCAACAUAUCUUCCUUCCGCUUCAACACUUGAAAUAUCUCAGAUUCAACACUCUCAGCGAUGUCCGACAACGAGGGAACCACUAAAAAGAGCGGUUAUCGCCUGGAAUACGCGAGUUCUGCCAGAUCCAAAUGCAAAGGUCCCAAACCCUGCGCUGUUCAAAUCGCUAAAGGGGAGCUUCGUGUUGGCUCUGUCGUCGAUUUCAGGGGCAACACCAGCUACUCAUGGCGCCAUUGGGGUUGCACGACCGCCAAGAUUAUAUCCAACAUGAAAUCUCAAUUUGAAUCCGCCGAUGAGCUCGAUGGUUUUGACGACCUCAAAGACGAAGACAAAGAACGCCUCCGCAAGGCAUGGGAGGAAGGCAAGGUUGAAGAAGACGAAGAGAAGCCCAAGAAGAGGGCAUCAGCAAAAGCCAAGAAAGACGCAGGUGGAGAGGAUGGUGAGAAGCCAAAGAGAAAACGUGCACCUGCAAAGGCCAAGAAAGUGGAGGAUGAGGGAGAUGAAGAUGCUGAAGACAAGCCAAAGAAGGCUCCUACGAGGAAGCCUCGGGUAAAGAAAGCUGCAGCUUCGUCAGACGCCGAAGAUAAGGGAGAGUCUGAGGAGAAACCUAAGAAGCGUGCACCUGCGAGAAAACCUGCUGCCGAGAAGAAAGUAGCUGAGAAGAAGGCUCCAGCAAGGAAGCGAGUUACUAAGAAGAAAGAUGAAGAGGAAGAAUCCGGUGAGGACUUUGCAGAGGCGAUUGCAGAGGUUCAGGAGGAGGAGGAGGAUGCAGAAGAGUCUAACAAGAAGCGCAAGCGACCCGCUUCUUCGAAGCCAGCAUCCACUGCCAAGAAAGCAAAGGUAGCUUCCAAGGCAAAGAAGUCGAAGGAAGUUCUUGAAGAGGAAGAAGACAAUGAGUAGAUCCUUAUCCUUAUGACGCUCUCUUUUAUCCAUUCCCUCGAGUGUUCACCAGGUAUCCACGAUUUCACGCAUUCAUAACAUUGCCAGUUGUUGAUGUAACUUGUUUGAAUUCUCUUGUAUGCUGUUGAGUAAUUUAAGCCCCGCAUUGACUGUUCAA